AAACGGCGCCUGGACCUAUGAAAGUGCAUUUGGAGUUCAGGUGAGAUGCAGUUUUGAGUGCACUCUCAGUCCCAUUCAACGAUCUGCCUUCGUGUGUCCUCCCUUUGUCCACACACACAGUGGUGGCCUUGAGUUGCUGUUCGGCAAGAAGAAGCAGCUCACGCUGGAGCUGGACCAGGAGACCAUAGGUCAGCACAGUCUGUCUGCACACAGACACGUGCACCACACGCACCGCCGGGUCAGGCACGUACGUGUUCCCUCUCUCGUCGGGUGUGUGUGUGUGGUGCGCACAGGCAUCUUGCCGCUUAUUCAGCACAUUCGGGACCAUCUGUUGAAGGAGAGACCUGAGCUGUUUGUCGUCGGCAACUCUGUGUGAGCAAGAGAACGAGAGAACGGGAAAAUCACAUGCAUCCUCUAUCUUCCCUUGUGUGUGCCUGUCCCUCUGUCAGUCGUCCGGGCAUUCUGGUGUUGAUAAACGACUGCGACUGGGAGCUGGAGGGCGGCACGGAGAGCAUCGUGAGGGAUGGCGACAAGAUCUGCUUCAUAUCGACCCUACACGGCGGAUAGAGAGAAAGAGCGACGCCCACGUGUUCAUCCUGAUGGCCCACCCUUUGCCGAUUGAGCUGUGGCACGAGCGUGUGGCACCCUGCCUGCCAAUUACUGACUUGAUG